CUUACCUUGAACCAGAACAACAGAGCCAACAAGAAGCAAGCAAGAUGCUGAUUGCGGUGGAAGGCUGCUGCCACGGCGAGCUGGACAACAUCUAUGCGUCGCUGCAGGAUGCGGAGCGGCAGACGGGGCAGCGCGUCGACCUCCUGCUCUGCUGCGGCGAUUUCCAGGCGGUGCGCAACCAGGCCGAUCUCUCAACAAUGGCUUGCCCAGACAAGUACAAGAGUAUGCGAACCUUCUACAAGUACUACAAGGGCGAGAAGAAAGCGCCUGUGCUGACUAUCUUCAUUGGCGGCAACCACGAGGCGAGCAACCACAUGUGGGAGCUCCCUUACGGCGGAUGGGUGGCGCCCAACAUCUACUAUCUUGGGUUUGGCGGCGUGGUGACUGUGAACGGCGUGCGAAUUGGCGGGCUGAGCGGCAUCUUCAACCACCGCCAUUACCAUCUCGGCCAUUCCGAGAUGCCGCCGUUCACAUCGGGUUCGCAGCGGAGCAUCUACCACGUCCGCGAAUUCGACGUGUUUCAGCUGAAGCAGCUGUCCCGGCCUGUGGAUGUGUUUCUCUCGCACGAUUGGCCAUCGCGCAUCGCCCAUCACGGCGACACAAACGCCCUCAUCAGACGGAAGCCGUUCCUCAAGGACGAAAUCUACAACGAAACGCUUGCAGCACACAAACAAGUGUGA